CCCACAGAAAACAAUGGCCAACUUUUCAAUCUGUUUACCCUCUCUGAUAUUCCUAAGCCUUCUCUUCUUUGUGAAACCAAACACAGGUGAGCAAACCAUACAAGCUCUGUGUGCUAAAAGCAUAGACCCAAGUUUCUGCAUUCGAGUUCUGGCUGCUAGUCCUUCCAAAUCGUCAACCGAUCUUCUCAAAACGGCAGUCUCGCAAGCAGCCAAUAAUGCAUUGGGGACGACCGAUAAAAUCAAGAGUUAUAUGAACCAGCCAAAUGAUCCUAACCUUGUGGCUUACUUUCAGUGUUCCAAUUUCUAUAGUGCGGCUGUGGAAGCUCUGAACGCUGCAUCUCAGCUUCUGGGUUCUCGCCCGGCACCUGAUGUCAAGAAUGAUGUCGCCUCAGCUGCCUCGACUGUGCAAAAAGACAGUGAUAGCUGUGAGGCUUCCUUCAGCAAUGGGGCAAAACACACUCUUUCCAUGGAAAACAAAAACCUUAAGAUUCAUGGAAAUAUAAUAUCGGUUGUUUGUGAUGUGAUGUGAUAUGAUAGACUGAUAGUGAUAAUUAGUAACAUUCAGACAGGUUUUGGUGAUGUAAUAGAGACUGUAAUUUUAGUUACCUCUUUAAGCACACUAUGUCGAAAUUCUCCAGCUUCAUAUGUAUGGAGUAUAAUAAAAGGUCAAAUACAUCACAUACAAACAAAUAAGCAGACAAUGUCUGAGGGCUUGUUUGGAGUUGUACAAAAUGCAAAAUGCAUGUGACAAAAAGAGUAGCCUUACCAAAUGAGUACGUGGCAAAAAGACUAUUCUUACAAAAUGCAUGCGUCAUAAAAUACCAUGUUAUAGAUACAAAAAAGUUUAUUCUUUUUGCCACACAUGCAUUUGUAAGACUAGUUUUAUCUCAUGUAGACAGUUGUCUUGCAAAAUGCAUACAUAGUAAAGGACUGUGCUAUAGCCUAU